UCGUUGCUCUAUAAAUAUUCCUCUUGCAAGCGUGUUGUUAUUAUUGUUGAGAGAUAUCGAAAUUUACGAAAACGUUACAAAGAAUAAUAACGGUAACUAGCUGUGAUAAACUGCGUGCAUCUGAUUUAUUUUGUGUUCAUGUGUUUUUCGUUCUUAUCGCAUAAAAGAGUAACGAGAUUGGUGAAUUUCAAAAACAAUAGUCGAAUCGCGUUCGUAUCGAGAACAAGUACGAUGCAUGCCACGAACGGAUGCACUGUAAUAAAUAUAUAAAUAAAACUACCGGUUAGCGACAGCGGGAUAUUUAAAUUACCAAUAAAUCGCAAUCAUUGAACACUCUAAUCGCUGUCGUCGAAGACGCACUCAUUGCUGUUAUUGGAUUAUUGUUUUGCUAGCCGCUGCCAGCAGUCGAGAGCGACGUGCGGACGACGGAUGGAAGUAAUCAGAUGCUACCGGCUGUGAUAUAAGAUAGCGUAGGAUAGAGAAAUGUCAACAGCUGUGAGCGGCCAUUCGGGGGCGGGUCCCUUGAGCUUAAUGUCAUGUGUCAGAGAGUCGUCGCCGCCGCAGGACACCGGCAGCGAGUACGAGCCGGAGAAGAACGUGAGCACGAAGAAAAAGUUCUGGAAUCCUAGAAAAUGGUUUAAGCGGAAAAGUAAUAAGGUCGUCGAGGAAGCACCAAAUUCCUUGACGGAAACGAACCAAACGCUGCGUAGCAGGUCUACCAGCGAGCUCUCCGUUGCAGAGGAUCAAACGAGACGAAGGAGCGGGACGCCGAUGCAUCCCGGUUUGAGCGUAUCGCAUGACAGCGUCUUUCAUUCGCCACAUUCGGGCUCCGAGCUGGAGCUGGAGGCGGCCCAAAGCUCGUCAUCUCUAUCCAUUAGCCAUCAGCCCACACAACCAGAUAUUAGAUUACAGACUGAGCUAAUCGAAAGACUGAGACAACGACGAGGGGACACCAGCGAAGAUGACGAAGGAUUACCACAUAGUCCUUGCAAUUCGCCCACAACGACAGAAGGGCAUUUGGAGAAAUCACACCACAAAGACUUACCAACAAAAUCGCACAGCACAUGUAGUGAUGGUUCUUUGCUCAGUAUGGGAAGUUCGGAAAUGGAUGAAGAUUCAUUUGAUCCACCUACACAGUCACGCCAUGCAUCGAAAUUAUCUUUACAAGAAAAGAACAAAGACGUACCAGAUGCGGAUAUUACAGAAUGGGGUCCAAUGAAUUCGUCAUUUCCAUUAAAUCAUGCAGCAGCCCAUCACAAAGUUUCAAUACGCCCGAAGCGCACGCACGGUGGGCCACGCCGGAAGCGCACUCCGGUUGUUCUCCCAACCACACCGGAAGUCAACGAGGAUUCCUCGAUUCGAAGUAUGACGCCUGAUGGAACAAGAGAAACAUUAACCGAGCUUUACACAAGCAUGAGCUACCAGCAAGCGAGUCAUCAACAAAGUCACGCUUUUAUCGAUAACAAAAUGAAAUGCUCAUCAUUACCGCCUGGUUUAGCAGGGCCUGGAAUGAUCGACAGCAAGUUGACUCGCAGUCGCUCCAAUGCGGGUACUCAACAAGGGGAGUCUUUCGCUGAGGAGGAAGAGUACAGCGAUCAAAAGAGCAAGGAAUCUUCUUUCUUUGGACGCUUCUUUCCUCGACGCAGUGGAAAGAAGAAGAAGAUGAAAGAGGAACAAGAAUUUAUGCCGCCGGCUAAGCCUGAGGUACUCAACACACCAACAAGUACGCCCGCAAAUUACUACAAGGUUAAUGUAACGGAAUCCACCACGGUUACAUAUGAUCCUUUCGAUCAAAAUGUUAUCACGGUCGAUAGCAAUCUUGCAAUUCGACCAAAUGCUCUUCGUUCAGGACCAGCGUCUCGCCAACGAAUAUUGCCAAUCGACAUACCUAGUACACCCGAAUUUCAUCAACGACGGGACCGCAACGAAGAGUUGAACAAUUCACCUUUGAUGGAUGAUAUGGAGUGGUACCAGAAACACUCUAGUAUGAGUACGAACAUGAGCAUGAGUAUGAAUACUAGUAUCACCGAAGCUUCCUCCCCCGUAAAAAGUUCACCACCAAAAAGUCCACUUAUGUUUUCUAUGAGUCCACCAAAAUCGCCGUGGAGUGAGAAGCGAACCCCGAAGAAACCAAGCAAAUUUGUGGAACACACCACCACGACUUCUACGACAGAAAGUAAAUCGAUUGUGCGAAUUGCUGGAUUGUCUCCAUUACAACAACGUGUCAUUUCUUUGAACGACGACACUGAUACGGGCUUUAAAUCUUUGACGAAUUUUCCAUCAGACUUUGAGGAAAAGCCUAUCAAACCUGUUACAAAAUCGCAUAGCUUCAAAUCGACAUCGAAUGUAAAGCCCAGCGUUACUGAUUUGAAAAAUAGUGGUUUCAAAUCAUUGGAAGAAAAGAGUAUUUUCAAGUCUUUAUCAUUAGACAGCGUAAAAAAUGUUGACGAUGUUCUUGGUGACGAAGGCGAUACAUUGAUUAAUCGUGAUAUGGAACACGUACAACAGUAUAAUGAAAAUUUGUUGCAGACGAAACAAUCGUCAGAAAAUAGGAACGAUAUAACAAUUACUGGGCCUAGUCAUAAAGCUAUUGUUAACAUUCCUGCUAAUGAGUUAUUAUCACAAUUAGAUAGUGAGAAAGUUGUGACAACUAAGGAAAUGUCUGUUACUAAGGUACAACUUAACAGAGAAACUUCUGCUACUUCACAAGUAUCAACCGUUGUGAUGAAAUCUGAAUAUAAUAUGACUCCAAAUAGACUUUCAAACUCACACAAAAUUAAUAGGCAGAGUAUUGAUCUCGAUUUAAAUCUAGAACCUGUCGUAGCUGUACGAAAGUUCAGCAAUGAUAACAUUGAAGUUAUUAAAAAGGAAGAUAUAAUUGAGAAGGUUGAGAAGAAAGAUGAAAAGGAAGUUGUAGCUACUCCCACGAAAACAAAUUCGAUAGUCACUGUGACAUCGAUGACGAACGCUAGUCAUUAUCGGAAGAACGAAAGCAUCAAAAGAGAUUCUAAGCCGAUUAUUCGAACAAAAUCAAACAGUUUUGAUUCUGUUGAGUCGAGGUCCUCAACACCGAAGUCAUCUCAAUCGAGUUUAGAUAAACUUGAUAUGAUUUCAAACUCGAAGUCACAGGAAAAUAUCAAAAGCGCAUCAGACAGUGUUGUGCGUCGACGCUCGCUCGUAAAGCAGAAACACGACGAAGAACCCGAACUUAUGAAAGUUUUCGCUCGGCGAUCAUUAAAGUUGAAAGAUAGCGAUUGCGAGGCGCUACAACAGCAAGUGGCUAAACAUAUAGAAAAUUCGGAGAAAUCGUCUGCGGAGAGUGUGGAAAACGGGAAAUCGCGAGAUAGUGACAAAGAAAAUUUGUCCGAUUCUUCGCCUGUUGAAGAACGCAAGAAACCAACAAUUGCGCCUAAAUCUACUGCUCUAUUAGAAAGUAAAAUGAAAAUUGAUGGAUUGGAUGUAAAACUGCGUAAACCGAUAGGCAAUAAAAUUGCUGCGUUCCAAAAUCGGCCUGUUACUACGACUCCAAUGAGCAAACCUUCGACGGUUCUGAAACCUAAUGCUUUACCAACUCGGCCUAAGACUGAAAAGUUUCAGAUUAUCACACCAACGAUAACCAUGGAGGAGAAAAAGGAUAUUGAAGUAAAUAACUCGAAUAUGAUUAAUACAGCCGAAAUUAUUAGUAACAUCUCGGAGAAAACUGAUUUGAUCCAAGAUUCUGGUAAUGUGGAAGUUAAAAACUUUCGUUUACGAAAAGCGGAAUGGGAAAAACGUGCACAAGAGAGCAUAAGGAAAACAACACCUUAAUUUUGCUAGUUGGCUAAUAUAUAAACUGCAUGAAUACCAAGUAUUUGGACGGAUCCAGCUAAAGCUGUUUCAUAAAAAGUUCUUUGAUUAAGUCUAUAUAGCAUUUCAACAUUUUGAAGACAACUUCUUCAAAUUUAAUUGAUAGUUGUUUACAUUUUGAACAUCAUAAAAUGUGGAUGGUAGUUAGAAUCUAUUUUGGUACAACUACAUACAAUAAUCAUUCAGUAUUUUCUCAAAUUUUAUUGCUGGCCCUUGAUAAAGCCAGAAAUGUGUGAAAUUAGAACAAAUAUGUAUAGUUAGCAUUGUAGUUUAGUUACACUUGCGUGUUUAAACAGGAAUUCCAUUUAUUGAAUUGCAUUUCUCUUCUUGAUGAGUCUGGAUUGGAUUUGUAUAUAUCUACGUGACGCAACAUCACCUCACAAUGCUGAAUGAGUGGUAAUUUAUCUUUUAUUCUAUGACUUGUAAUUUUAUAUAAUUAAUUGUAAAUGCCACUUUAUUAUAGGCUUUAUCCUGUAACAAUUUAUAUCAAGCAGUGCUAAGUUCAGAGUUUUGUAUCUUAUAUUAGUAUGGCGAUCGGAAUGAUUUCGGACUAAUUUUAACUAAUAAGUUAUAUACAAGCUUGAUGGAAUUUGUAUAUUGGUCUCAGAGUUGUUCAUUUUGCCAUCAAUUGCAACUGUCGUGCAUUUAUUGGCAUUUAGCUCUUGGUGCCAUUGUAUACAUUAUACAGUAACACCCCGAUACCCAAUCUCUCAACGUAAAUCUACGUUUACGUUUUGAUUUUAAUUGUUAAGAUGUGUAUUUAUUCGUAUUAUGUAAGUGCCUUUUUUACUUUGUACGAAAUGAAUGAGAAAGCACGUGAUUUGUGAUUCAGCACAGUUCGAACAUUGGAGUGAUUGUUGUCGCCUUUUGAAAGACGUGCUCUUGGAGAUUCUAAAUAAUAGAAAUGUUAAGUAGGAUAUGAUGAAAGUGAUUAAUCGUUGAUAUGGAAUAGUGGAACAAUCGUAUGAAAUGUGGUUCGUUAAUCAGUAUCAAGUUUCAUGCAAUCAUGAAGAGAUUUUAAUUAUUGAUGAGAAUUAUUUACGAUUAUGUAUACAGAUAGCGAUAUACGCAAUAUGCAUGUAUAAAAUCAUAUUUAUGUUGUCUAUAAAUAUAAAUAUAUUUAAGUUACUACGAAA